CAGUUUAGAAAAUGUUACAGUCUGUAGAGAGCUACAUACAGAUAACACAAGGGGAGAACUUACUUAUCCUAUGGCAAAAGUACUAUCUACAAUAUGGAGUAAUCCCAACUGUAUGAUGGAGAAACAGAAGAGCUUGGAGUUGUGGACACCAAAAGUCUUACUAGGGAAGACCUACAUGUAUUGAUUUGGAAUGCACAAGGCCCUUGAUCCAGCAAGAACCUCUCUCUACUUGACAUUAUGGAUUUUGCUACUCCUUGUUGUUUCAUCAUUAUCCCCCUAUAAGAAUGGGAAUCGUCUGAUUCACAGCUACAAACAUUUGGAGGGAGAUGUACGAUGGCGACGAUUCUUCUCCGCAACUCACUACUUUCUAACCAUUGAACAAUCAGGCCAAGUGAGAGGAACACGAAGGUUCAACUCAAACAGUAUAUUCCAAGUUUACUCUGUGAACGUUGGCGUGAUUGCAAUGCAUUCACCUGGAGCUGGACUGUAUGUUGCCAUGGACAGAAAGGGAAAAGUAUAUGGUGCUAAGGAAUAUGGCCCCAACUGUGAGUUUCAGGAGCGAAUCGAGGAAAACGGUUACAAUACCUAUUCUUCUGUAAGAUGGCGUCACAAUGGACAUUUCAUGUACCUGGCAUUAAGAGGGAAUGGACUUGCAAGACUGGGCAGCAGGACUCGUCACACACAUCACUCUACACAUUUCUUACCCUUAUUACUAUAAUUUUGUUGGAGGACGUGUCCUCUACAUGCAUGGGAUCCAAAGCCAUGGCUUUAAAAGACAGAAAUGCACUGAGAGAUCCAUGUUAAUUCCCAAUGCAGUCUGAGUGCAAGCCAGAAUAAAAAGGAAUGCAUACAUAAAAUUUUAUACAGAAACCAAUCCAUAAUACUGGAAAAUAAAAAAAAUUCUAGAGUGUUGUGAAUUUGCCUUUAUCCUGGAAGGAACAAGUAAGACUCCUGAGAGGGACAUUAUUGAAGAAUGUUUCCUAAUGGAAUCGAAUUGGCACUCUGAACGAUGCAAGGUGACACAAACCAUUACUGUAUUACCGCCCAAAUGUUAUGAAGAGCAAUCGAUGUGUGUGAUCUCAGCUCAGCUAAAGGGUUAUUCUGGUUCUCAAGUUAUCCCCUAUCGAAAAGAUAUCACGAGAACGGAGGCCCAGCAUAACUAAAGAAAGCGGCAUGUUGAGCAUAUGUACUGCUGCUCCGUUCUUCUUUAUAGGAUUGCCAAAAAUAGACUGCCAUCUUGGGGUUUCUGCAGGGUACAAAGCCCCCAUUCUCGUGAUAAGUGGGAGUC